AUGACUUUGCCAGAAGCAAGAGAUUUUUCAUUCCUUUUCUCUAAGGAGACCAAGUCAAGAAAACCAUCACCAUUGAAGACUUGUAUUCACCAUUUCUCGAACCCAAAUUUGAUUUUCUUGGGUGGUGGUUUGCCAUUAAGUGAUUACUUCCCCUGGGACAAUUUGAGUGCAGAAUCUCCAUUACCUCCUUUCACCAAGGGCAUCGGUGCAUCUCCAACUGGCUCCAAAGAUGAUACUUUGAAUGUUUUGGUUAAAAAGAACGAAAAGACUGGUGACGAUAUUCCAUUAGCAAGAGCAUUACAAUAUGGUCAUUCUAAUGGUCAGCCUGAGCUACUGGAUUUCCUAAGAGGUCACACAACCGAAAUUCAUGAUAUGAAAUAUGCUGACUGGGAGGUCAUUGCAUCCGUUGGUAACACUAACGCCUGGGAAUCCACUUUAAGAAUUUUCUGUGAUAGAGGAGAUGUUGUGUUAUUUGAAGAAUAUUCUUUUUCAUCUUGUUUAGCUGCCUGUGAAGCUCAAGGUGUUACUACCAUUCCAAUACCAAUUGAUGCUUUCGGGAUUGUUCCUGAAAAAUUGGAAGACUUACUUGAUAACUGGACUCCAAAUGCUCCAAAGCCAAAGUUACUCUACACCAUUCCUACUGGUCAAAACCCAACUGGUACGUCUUUGCCAAAUGAUAGAAGGGAAGCUAUUUACCGUAUUGCUCAAAAACACGACUUCUUGAUUGUGGAAGAUGAACCAUACUAUUUCUUACAAGUUGGUGAUUACAUCGAAGACUUAAAGAAAAGAGAACAAGUUUACUCUGCCCCCAAACAAUCUCACGAAGAAUUUAAGAAAUCCUUAGUUAAAUCUUUCCUAUCGCUCGACACUGAAGGUCGUGUCAUUAGAUUAGAUUCAUUCUCCAAAGUUUUAGGUCCAGGUACCAGAUUGGGAUGGAUUACAGGUUCCAAACAACUAAUGAAGGCCUAUGUCAGUCUUCAUGAAAUGACUAUUCAAUGUCCUUCAGGAUUUUCUCAAGUGCUGGUCGCUGGUACUUUGCACCGUUGGGGUCAAGGUGGUUAUUUGGACUGGUUAAUCGGUCUACGUCAUGAAUACGUUGGCAAGCGUGAUCACACCAUCGAUUCUCUAACUAAAUACUUGCCUAAGAACGAUGUUUUCAGUGUGGUACCACCAGUAGCUGGUAUGUUCUUUACCGUCAACAUCGAUGCUUCUGCUCAUCCGGAAUUCAAGACUAAAUACAAUUCAGACCCUUCCAAGGUGGAAAAUGCUAUCUACGAGAAGGUUAUCAGUCGUGGUGUUCUAGUUGUCCCAGGUGGCUGGUUCAAGACUGCGGGACAAACUAACCCACCUCUACCUGACAAGAGCGAUAAAUCUAAGGCAAAUGAAAUUUUCUUCAGAGGUACUUAUGCCGCUGUAGCUCCUGAAAAAUUGGAAGAAGGUCUAAAAAGAUUAUGCGAUGCCCUCAAGGAGGAAUUUGGUUUCACCAACUAG